GAACGUGGAUCUCGGAAGAACCUUGAACAGAUUAGCAUCGUCGGCCCACCAACAUCAGAUACACCCAAAACACCCCCGGCUCACAUCAGUCGGUUCCUGACACGAGCCCCUCAAACGGGAGCAUAGCUCCCUACAGGGGAUCAGAGCCCAGGCCACCACUCUUCCAAUAUAGUUUCUAAGGAACCCCGUCAGGCCUUAGUAGUUCCUAAUUGGAUCUUCGUCUCUUCUUUUUUUCUCUUCCUUUCUUCUUCUUGGUUGUCAGCGCUGUGCACUCGCCGUUGUCGAUAUUAAUUCUUUUAUUCUUUUAUUUUCUAAUAUCGACAAUUCUAUUCUACACUACGCAGGUCCGGCUACCUAGCAAUUUCAUUCGUUUCACUUUGCCAACGCUCUUCGCCGGUCGACCUUCGUUUUUCGUAACCCGAGUUCGUUUUUCUGUCUGGAUUCUUUGAGAGGGUCUAGCGCUUUGGAUCAUUUGGGGCUUCAGGAAGAAGAGAAACGAGAAGACGAGAAAGAGAAUCUGAGAAUUCCAAGAGAAGAACAGGUUGAUAUUUGUCUGGGACAUUUAAGAAAAGGAAACCGUCAAAAUGGGAAGACUUAUCAAGAACCACUGGGCCAGACUCAUCUCCCUCUCGGCGGCAGUCUAUCAAAUUGCUGCUGCAUUGGAGAGUUUCUUUUGGCCUAAGAUAUUCUGGGACUUCUUGACGAAAUCGUUGGACCCGGCAAUCAAGCCCGUACCGGCGCUACAAAUCAUCAAUCUAUUGUUCGGAAUAGGGAUAUUAGCGUGGGAAUGGCCAUUGAAUCUAAUUGCUGGCUCGGCGAUUCACCGUAGCCUCGAGGCUCGUCUCGCUACCUACCCGUUGGCGGCGCUCGCUGCCCUUCUAAUCUACCAAGGCACCAAUGCGGGCAUCUACUACGUUGUGGCAAUGGUCGUCUACUUCUGGGCAUACAGCGAAGGCGAGAUCAUUUGUCCCAAGCCUUGGUCAUUACCGCAACGAGGAGGUCGUGGUGGGUCGAAGGCAUAAGGGGAUAUUAUGAUCCUACAUGAGCGCCCAUUCGAACG